ACCUGAAUGCAUGUUUUGCACCCGGGUUCUUCUUCCGGACACGUUAUUGUUGCAUCAGCAUCCAACCAUCCAGCACUGUGGUAAUGUCGACCUCAGGAGAGCCAGCCUUUGAGUUUGGCUUCUUGCUACAGAUAGAUGAGGAGGCCGCGCUGGCGGCGGCCCUGAAUGACUACCUAAUCUCUCGCAGCUACCUGGCUGGGUUCACCCCCUCCCAAACCGACCAGAAAGUCUUUAAGCUCCUCCGCAGGCCCCCAGACCCACACCAUGUCCACGCUCUGCGCUGGUACAGACACAUAGCGUCCCUGCAGCUGGAGCUCCUCCUCCUCCCUGACAGCAGCUUGAAAGGGAAGCGGGUUCAGCCCCCCUGGUCUCCACCAGCAGGAACAGACGUGCCCCAACUCCGGCUCUACAACAGCCUGACCAGAGCCAAGGAGCCGUUUGUUCCUCAGAACGGGAACAAGGUCACGUGGUACUGCUGCGGGCCGACGGUUUACGAUGCCUCACACAUGGGACACGCCAGGUCGUACAUAUCCUUCGACAUUCUGCGGAGGAUACUGCGGGAUUACUUCAAGUACGACGUCCUGUACUGCAUGAACAUCACAGACAUCGAUGACAAAAUCAUCAAGAGAGCGCGGCAGAACUUCCUCCUGGAUCAGUACAAGGAGAAGAAACCCCAACCUGCUCAGAUCCUGCAGGACGUCCUGAGUGCCAGAGGGCCGUUUCAGACCGGCUUGGCGUCGACCACGGACCCAGAUAAGAAGCAGAUGUUGGAGAGGCUGGACGCCGCUGUGACGGCCGCUCUGCAGCCUCUGCAGGCAGCGAUGGACAGCAAAGCAUCAGACGAGGUGGUUCAACCUCUGGCCCAGGCACUGCUGGAGAGCUCCAAGGACCUGCUCGCUGAUUGGUUGGACAAACAGUUUGGAAGUCAAGUCACAGAGAAUUCAAUCUUCUCUAUUCUGCCCAAAUACUGGGAGGGCGAGUACCACAAAGACAUGGAGGCUCUGAACGUUCUCCCCGCAGACGUUCUCACCCGGGUCAGUGAAUACGUCCCCGAGAUCGUGGACUUUGUGGAGAAGGUCAUCUCCAACGGUUACGGGUACGAAUCGAACGGCUCCGUGUACUUCGACACCGCAAAGUUUGACUCCAGUCCGACGCACUCGUACGCCAAACUGGUGCCAGAGGCGGUCGGAGAUCAGAAAGCGUUACAGGAGGGAGAGGGCGAUCUGAGCAUCUCAGCGGACAGAUUAAGUGAGAAAAAGUCGCCCAAUGACUUCGCCCUGUGGAAGGCGUCGAAGCCCGGAGAGCCGUCGUGGGACUCUCCGUGGGGGAAGGGGCGGCCCGGCUGGCACAUCGAAUGUUCGGCCAUGGCCGGAUCCAUCUUGGGGGAGUCCAUGGACAUCCACGGGGGAGGCUUCGACCUCCGGUUCCCCCAUCACGACAACGAGCUGGCGCAGUCUGAGGCUUUCUUUGAGAACGAUUACUGGGUCCGGUACUUCCUGCACACCGGACACCUGACGAUCGCUGGCUGCAAGAUGUCCAAAUCUCUGAAGAACUUCAUCACCAUUAAAGACGCUUUGGCGAAAAACACAGCUCGACAGCUCCGUCUGGCUUUCUUGAUGCAUUCCUGGAAAGACACCCUGGACUACUCGUCGAACACGAUGGAGUCGGCCGUCCAGUACGAGAAGUUCUUGAACGAGUUCUUCCUGAAUGUCAAAGACAUACUGCGCACUCCUACCGACAUCACCGGUCGCUUUGAGAAGUGGGAGGCAGCAGAGGUGGAUCUGAACAACAGUUUCUACGACAGGAAGUCAGCCGUCCACGAGGCGCUGUGCGACAACAUGGACACUCGCACCGCCAUGGAGGAGAUGAGAGUCCUGGUCGGUCAGAGCAACAGCUACAUCGCUAACAGGAAGAGCGCCAAGCUGAAGCCAAACCGCAUGCUGGUGGAAAGCAUCGCCGUGUAUCUCACCAACAUGCUCAAGGUAUUUGGUGCAAUAGAAGAAUCCGAGUCCAUCGGUUUCCCGGUCGGAGGACAAGGUCAGAACGUCGAUCUGGAGAGCACGGUGAUGCCGUACCUCAACGUGCUGUCCGAUUUCAGAGAGGGCGUCCGGAAAAUUGCCCGAGAGCAGAAAGUGACUGAGCUGCUGCAGCUGUGUGACGUCGUCCGUGAUGACACGUUACCGGAGCUCGGAGUCCGACUGGAAGAUCAUGAAGGUCUGCCCACUGUGGUGAAACUAGUGGACAAGGAGACUCUACUGAAGGAGAGAGAGGAGAAGAAGAAGAUGGAGGAAGAGAAGAAGAAGAAGAAAGAAGAGGCUGCUAGAAAGAAACAAGAACAGGAGAUGGCUAAACUCGCCAAGAUGAAAAUCCCCCCGUGUGAAAUGUUUCGCAAAGAAGCCGACAAGUAUUCCCAGUUUGACGAGACGGGUUUCCCCACUCACGACGCCGAAGGAAAGGAGCUGAGCAAAGGGCAAGCCAAGAAGCUGCGGAAGCUCUACGAGGCCCAGGAGAAGUUGCACAACGAGUAUCUGCAGAUGAACCAAAAUGGAAACUGAGUGUGUGCAAAACCAUCCCAAGCCAUCCGCCCCACAGAGAAACCUGCAGAAUAGAUGUCACGCCCGGAGACGCCGGGGUCAUCGUUUGUCUCGUUUUCAUCUGAAAAAUACAGCCAGAGAUUGUUUUUAAGAAUGACGGUUAAAAAAAAAAAAAAGACACUUCAUCAGUCCACACAGGCCAUGCAUCAUUUAAAAAAUAAAGGGAACAGAGAGUUCAUUCUUCUUUUGUGUCUUGCAGCAGAAAUAAGCAGCAACUCAAGUGCAGCUUGAUGAUUUCACAAAGCAGCCCAAUGCUAAUAGAAUAGAAUUACUUUAUUGAUCCCAAUCUGGGAAAUUGUGGAAACGAGGCGCCGUUAGCAUUCUGCUAGCAGCGAUUUCAACGUUCAUGUUUUUGGACUGAAAGUCUGUAACACUGCCAAUCAGGUGAGGGGUUCGAAGUUUAAAGGUGGAGUCAGUAGCAUUUUUUGUUGCAGCUUGUAAACACAACAUUCAAACAUGGCCCCUCCUCCUGGGCUCAUCGCUCCCAGAAGCCCCGCCCCCUGCAGGAAGUAGUGUGUACGUUUACUGCUUGUACUUACACUGCAAGCUAAUGCACGCUAGCGCAAGCUAACCGGCGGUGUUUGUCACCUGUGCGUCCAACAGGAAGUAGACCAACUUUAGUCCACGGGUAAAAGACAACACAAGGUUCACCCUCGUUUUAGAACGAGCUUUAUCCACUUGGUGUUUCUCCUCACUCUGAUUAUAUUUUUUCUUCUUUGCUGCUACGUCCACGUCCGUCAUAUUCACCGGUUUGAACGGCGUCCAAUCACUGAAUUGUAUCCACUCCUAAACUCACCUGCUGCGCUGUCAUUGGCUGGAGGAAACACACCAGCUCCGCCCAGAAACAUCCCGAGUCAACCAGAACAAAGCAGAACAGUAAAAUCCAGUCAGAGGACAGAGUCUCUGUAUGGAGGCCCAGAAGGGACGAUGGAGCAGCUUCACUUUAGGAGAAGUCUGUAUUUUAUUUUGAAGGGGCAAGCUGCUGACUCUGCCUUUAACAGAUUGUGAUGAACUUAGAUUUUUGUAGUAAAUCACGAACCCAAAUCCAUGUCAGAAAAAGAUCCACGGUGUAAAAGGAAAGUAAUAAAUUGAAGAAAAUCAGAAAUCAAA